AUGUCUACUACACGGCGCAAAACGCGUGUUGUCUGCAUAUCAGAUACGCACAACCAGACGCCCAAGUUGCCGCCCGGCGACGUUUUGAUUCACGCAGGUGACCUGACGAAUCAAGGAAGCUAUACCGAAUUGAAAAGAAAGGUUGAAUGGCUUGAGAAGCAAGAUUUUGAGGCGAAGAUUGUGAUCGCUGGUAUGAAGAAAUAA